CUUCCUCUGUGGUGGUUACUCAGCAUCACACCUUGCUUAGAUGUACUCCUCCGGUUUAGGGGAGGAGAGACUUGUCCUUAGUAUUCUGCUGUCAGAUCUGUUCAACCCACACAAACAGGAAGAAGCUGCACAGAUAAUCAUUGUUUAUACUAAGUCUAGUUGACCAAGAGAUAUAAAACGGCCCUGUUGAGUUGUCUGGGGUGUAAAAAGCCGCUGACUCCACUACAGUGUUCAGCCAUCUGGAGUUACUGGGAAUACAACAGAUUGUUGUUUUGCUGGAUGCGGUUGAAAGUUUUGUUUAAAGAGAAGUACCAACAUACAUGGACUGUUUCAUAUUCCCCCGCCAUUAGGAUGAAUGUGGGUUGCCAUCCAGCCCGGAAGAAUGUGCUAUCCUCCAGUCACAUGAAUCAGAUUAUUGUGUGUUUUCUUCUGAUUCGUCCAUGGUAUGUGUCUUUAGGUAUUUUGCACUGACUGGUUUAUGGUAUCUCUGUCCCAAAUGAAACCCUAUUGACUGUAUAGGCACACAUAGGUUUAUGUGUGUGUGUGUGUGUGUGUGUGUGUGCGUGCGUGCGUGUGUGUGUGUGUGCGUGUGAUUGUUAGUGUUAUGGUUAGGCCUUUUCAUCUCUCCUCUCUCUUCUCUUCUGUUUCCCUGUCUGACUUCCUGCUUGAUGAUGCAUUUCCUGCACACGUUUCCUGUUCACUUCCUGUUCCCAUGCAUCUCUGGGAGGUCCAUGUUGGGCCUAACCCCAGAUGCUUGACCAGCUUCCCCUGGUCCCCGCCAACCCAUACCCGACCCAUACACUUUGCCCACUACUGCUGGGCCCUAGCCAGCUCUUCUCCAGCCUCCAGGAGGUGGCGGUAAAGAGGGCGUGGUCUAAGUGGUAGUGUUGGUGUCUGGACAGGCCCCGGGCUGGUUGUUGGGGGGCUAUAGGGUGUGGUAACCAUGACGAGCUCUUAUCAUAACACAUAUCUGUGGCCCAGUCAUGCUGUGACUGAAGGGCUUUAACGCUUCGGUGCUUCUGCUGCCUGACUGGCAUUCAAACAGCGGCCGUUCAUUUGAAGCUGCAGACGAGCCCCGUUUCACCCACUCCGCUGUUCUGGUUGUUGUCCUUUGUGCUUCCCGACCCGCGUUUUCCCCUUUAUCUCGGAUGUGAUCGCCCCGAUUCAGUGCUUUUGCGUUGGUGCUCCAGGUCGACUGCAUGUACAAAUCGCACCCCAUGUCCCGCGCAACAAUGCGCUGUGCGAGCUCCGCCGGUGAGGACUGUUCAGUGGCGCCCCCGCCAGGCCUGUUUCGGUACUGCAGUGUGGCUGCUGAUACGGCUGCAUGGCCACAAGCCCAGACCACUGCAGAAACACACAUGAAUAUAUACACAACUGGGAGGUGAGGGGUCUGUUGGGGUGCACUGAGAGCAGCGGGGUCACAUGGGACACACCUGACAUGGAGGUUAAAGGUCAUCUCAUCUCAGCGCCUGACGUGCUGUGUGGUAGUCAGGAUGGAGGGAAGCAGUGCGUUGAGAGGAUGACAGCUCUACAGGAGAGGAGACGCAGUCUACAGACCUUACUGAACAGUAGACUGGCUGAGCUACGGAGGGUCUGUCUGCAGGAGGCGGAGCUGACCGGGGAGAUCCCUGGGGAGUUCCCCCUGGAGGCCGGGGAGAGACGUCCGUAUGUACGCCGACGGGUCGCAUCCUACCGUCACGGACCCAAAGCCGUGGUAAAGACAGAGGUGGAGGAGGUGUGUCAGAGGAAGCCUAAGAAGACUCUGUUCAGCAGUGCCCUGAGACGACAUGUAGACUCUGAACAGCACCACACACACAGCAAACGGACCGUACACAGAGGAUGUCACACAGAUGACAGCGUCAACUCAGAAAGCAGCUCCAUGUCCGACUCCACGGGUGGCCAUGACAACGAUGAGUCUUCCGGAGGGGCCCCUGACUGUCUGUCCCCGGCGCGGCCUCGGACAGUCCCUGGCCGUGGUAACGGCAGCAGUAGCCCGGACAGCCGGCUCUGUAGGAAGCUUUCUCCUAUUGAGGUCUAUUACGAGAUCAGGACCACCGCGCGGCGCAACUCCCUGACCAACACUGCCAGCCCGAGUCGGACUCUUCCCAGAAGCAUCUCUAACGUGGAGGGACGGAGUGUUCCUGCCACACCCCUUCUCACCCGGAACGGACCACCUGGUGUCCACAAUCACACCAGGUCAGAUGUGUCCAGUGGGAUGACUACCAGGCAGUGGUCAGACAGCUCCGACGGGGCCCGGGUGGUUCCUCUGCAGUCUCAGGAUGGCCCCCCUGCUGGCCCCUCCUACAGCACCCAGCGACGCAGCAGUAGCUCCGAGGCUCUCCUGGACCGUACCACUUCCUGUGAGGAGGGGGGUAAAGGUCGGGGGGGUCAAGGUGAAAGGUCAGGUGGCAUGCCCUCCAGAGCGGGACCCCCAUACAAGAGUUCCGAUGCGCUGACGGACGGACGUCCCAGGCAGCUGAACGGCCCGAGGUCCAGCCCUGAGAGGCAGCCGCUGAACGGACACGGCGGGGAGCAGAACCGGCUGGUGGGCCCGGCGCCUGGUGGGCCGGGGGGUCGUGGAGGAGUUUACAGUGAGGUUCUGAUGGACUAUGUCUGGGGGAGGCAACAGAGGCAGGCCCAGCAGGUUCAUGGGAAGUUCCCCUCCUCUGUUCCUGCUCCUCCUCCCUCCCAUUUCAACGGGUAUCCACACCCCCAGGGGCAUCUGCCAGGGCCCCAGCAACUAUCAGGGGGCCCGCCAGCGUACUCCAGCCCCCUGAUGCUCCGGGGGAAGCCUGGGGAGCCCCGUAGAGUCAAAGUGACCCGUACCAAGUCCUGUGGACCUUUCAUUCCUCUACAGCAACACCAGCAGGAGGCGCUCCUCUUUUCAGCCUACACCUCCUCCGGUGACGCCCCUCAAAUCUCCCCCACAGCUGCCGUUCACCCCCAACAUGGGUCUGGGGUUGAGUCCAACCAGCACCAGGUGGGGUCUGGAUCAGGACCCGUUCCCCAGCUCAGCCAGAACCACCGCCUGGGACCGCCCCAGUACUCUGACACCGCGUCCCCCGAUGACCCCACCCGUAGCCUGCAUAAAGCCCUGGCGCUGGAGGGGCUGAGGGCCUGGUACCUGAGGAACACCCUGACCAGCGUGGCGGGGGCCGGGCAGGGGCAGGACAACGGGGCGCCCCCUCGGAGACGAACAACGAACUCCCUGCACGGCUCGCACCCUCACCAGCCCCUUGCCCACCAAGGAGACUGGGACCAUCCUCCGUGCCAGCUGCCCCAGUCCCAGACCUUCCACGGGCAUCCCGUCCACGGCAGGCCUGUAGAGCUGUCUUUGUACCAGGACUCCUUCGCGUCGCGGAUGCAGGAGCUGAACCUGAAGGAGCCCGGCGCCGACCGAGACCUGCUGUCCCCGGGUACACUGGUCUGACAACGGCCACAAAGGACAUGAUCCUGAAUGACACCCAGUCGUGUUGAACUGUACCGGCGUGCAGAGAGAAACGCAUGGAAGACAUUUACAUAUACACGUCAUUUCAUUCAGUCAUUUUUCCUGGUCAUUUUUGGGUGAUGAUGAUGAUGAAGACGCAAGUGACAUGGGACAGGAAGACUUCAUUUCUUUCUCUUUUUACUUCUAGAACUCAAAGUGGGACUUUUUGGGGGGGAUUUCAUUGUCAAAGUGGGACCUUGUAUUGGCUUGAAUCUAAAUGAACGUGACACUACAGUGAUAAUCCAGGUGAUACGUGGACAUUUUAAUGGAGCACACUAUUGAUAUGGACAUUUCUAUCAUCAUCAUCAUAUAAUCAACAUAGAAAUUUCAGGUCUGAAGUAGAAAAAUUAUUUUGAAACAGAAACACAAGUGACAAAAUGGAAAACGUACACCUGGCCAUUCGUUACGCAAACUGUCUUUUGACACGAUCGAGUUUCACAGCUUCACAACACCUGUUUACUCAGAAACACCUCAGCCUACUGCCCCGAUCAGAGCCACAGCACCUUUGCAUUUCAUUGCACCAGAAGUCAGUUUAUUCACAAUGCUGUGUUUUUUGUUAUAGUGAUAUUGAUGAAUUGCGGUACAGAGUUAUUCCAACAUAUGCAUUAAGCUGCGUGCGUAGUCCUCUCAGAAAUAGUAUCAAAACGCAACAAUUGAACUUUUGUGGCCACGGUAGGUUUAUUGUAGCUGCUUAGCUAUACUGUCUGUCUGAUCUAGGUGACAGUAAUGAUCAAACACAGUCUGUAAUAACAUUUCUAAAAUGGUGGAAUAUAAUGGUCAGAAUGUCCAUGAUGAGGUCUGACCAGUUGUUUUCUCCAUGUGACUCAGUGACACAACACCGGCUUGCUUUGGCAUUCUGCUCUCCUCAUCAGCCUUUGGAGGAAGCUUCACAUAAUCUGGACAGAUUGGAGAACCAUGAAAUUCAUUACUCCUUGUUGUCCGAAUGGUGCUUGCCCUGAGUGGCCAAUAGGUGGCACCAACUUAUCCAUAUUUGUACUGUCCCAUGCCCCCAACUAAUUAUUAUUGUGGAACCAAUGAAAUUAUUUUUAAUUAUCGCCCAGAUCAUUUUUUGUUUUUAUAAAGAUUUUUUUUUUUUUUUAAAUGUUUUAGCUAGCCCAAAUCCAGGCUAAUCCCAACAAAAUGAAUUGUAAUCCAGAUGGUCUGUUAAAUAAAACAAGCACAAAAUAAGAAUAGUGACAACAUUUAUCCUGUUAUUAUUAUGACAUGUUUUGCCCAGCAGCUGGGACCUGGUCGGCCUUGACAGUCUCCAUGCGACAGGGCGUGGCAGGGAUUCCACCCAGUCACACUUCCUCGGCUAUGCAGCUUCCAGGAGCAUUCAGAAUACAUUCACAGUGAACACGUUAAAUGGGUUAUAAUGCAGCUCUUCUCCUGAUCAGAUGAAUCCAGGCAUAAAGUGAGAGAGGCCAGUGUAGACACAAUGCCUGUUUUAGUCCAGAAGGGUCAACAUUUCUGAAUUUUUAUGUUUGAAGAGGAUUAUGAGAGGAAAUUAUUUUAGUGAUUUUAGCAGGGUUGCGUCUGCAUGAGCAGUAUUCCUGGUAGACGUAGCUGCGUUCCCAUGGUGACAGGCCACCUAACUGCUGCUUCGUCUGGGAGGGUUGGAGUAGCAGUUUGCUAAAGCAGCUCUAGAUUACAACUAGAUUGGUAGGAAUUUGAAAAACCUUCUAGAAAUUCCAAUGUUUUCUAGAAAUGCUGGAUAGAAGAUUCCCACAUUUACGUGGGAACUACAAGGAUUUACUGAACACUCCAUUCUGAAAAAGUUUGUGGAUUUCUGCACCUCUACUGAAAAUCAUGUUCCAUUAAUGCCCUACUCAUUGAAACUCAAAGCAAUGAUUUUUGAAAAGCAACCAAAAAACGCAGUUUUAAAAAUUUACUUUCAAUGACACACUUCUUUGUUCCCUGCUUUAGAUGAAAUGUGCCAUCUUUCUUCAGUUGAGAGGAGAGAAUGUAAUUUGUGAUAUUUCAGAAUAUUUCUGUACAAAAAUGCAAUCUGAUUAGUUGUUGGUGCAAGCAUUCUCUGAUAUUUUUGUAGUGUCCGGUUUUCUCACCCUCUGUAAAAACAAAAAAUUAUAGUUCAUUCAAUGUACAAAUGUAUGGCAAUCAGCUUUUAUCGGAUUGUUAGUUUCCUCAACUAAAACAGUCUGUGUGUUAAAAUGUUGUUGACCCAACUCACAGUCCAAUUGCAGCUAGAUGUCUUUCAGUUGUAUGUUUUAUCAACAUCGGACUGUGUUGUUGUCUGACCUGAUCUCCAUGAAUUAAAACUAGUCAGAUUAAAAAUCAGGUAUUAACCUCUCUGUCACCCAGGACAGACAAACUUCUCAGAACUAAAUACUGGAAUGGAUGAAUGGAUGACUCGAUACAUGGAUGAGUGCUGCUGGCAUAUCUUAGCUUUGAUCCAAGCUGAAUUGUUCUGUGUUAACAAUUCCAGUAAGAUCCAGGCUAGGCAAAUCUAUGUUAAAUCAAAUCAAAUCUAUGCUGUCUUCUUGGCUGUACGUCCUGUUAAGUCCUCGACAGUCAUAAUUCAAAUGCAUGCAGGUAUAAAUCAAUUCAAUGUAUAGAUCAGAUUUAGUCUAUCUGCCCUGUCUGCAUUCUCAUAAGCAAUAUGUACAUUUCUGUAUGAUACUGAAAGUAUUGCUCGCCCAUGCUAUAUUCUUAUCUCUGCCUAUUGCCUAAACGCUUUUCUAAAAAAUAAAAAAAUAAAUACUGUGCAAUACAGUAGCUUCUAAAGCAAUCAGUCUUUGCUCAUGGACGUUAUGGAGCACAUCCCCUUGCGGCUGCAUGUCGUUUUGACAUCCACAGUGAAUGCCAUGCAUUACGGUGAUCACUUCAAGUCAAACGAGCUGAAUUCAGAAAGGUUUUUCAGCUUAGGCUGAAACGUCUGCUUUUUUACCCAUCUUUGCCAAAUGCUGCCAUGCUUGUCUCAGGACUAAAACUAAAAAGAGCUUUUCUGCUUUCUUCAUUUUAUAAUCACAACUAAGCUGCAUGACAACAACAAUCAAAAAACGUCUUGACGCAAACCAACAAUUCCCUCAGGUAAAAAUUAUCAAUGGGACUAGUUGUUUAAUUGUGUAAAUUGUUCCUAGUUGAGCACCAUGUAGGUGGAUGUUAGCAAUUUGCACUUCUCCUGAAAAUUAAAUGGUUUUUAUUAAUAUGGAAUAUUUUAAGUUUCUUGUGACAUGAUGCUUCCAACUUCUUGACCAAAUAGCUGUGAAAUACGCGGCUUACAGCGCGUGCUUUAGGUGACGUGUGCUACACGUGACACGCUGUGGUGUGGCCACACGACGAUGUUUGUAUAAACAAUGUUGACGUAAAUGAGUUUAUAAAGAUGCCAGGUUUCCCCAUCCAGUUGAACCAGGUUCUGAAUCGUGUUUCUGAAGAUUUGUUGAGCUUCUCGGGUACUGAACAUUAAACUACAACAACCCAUGUGUAUAGAUAGAUUCGUGCAUUGUGAUUGGCUGAGAUUUUGCCCCCCCCCCCUUUUUUUUGAGGUUGUAAAUUACAUAAUACUCCCCAUACCUCCUUUGGAUCUUCAUGGACCAUGUUAAGGAUGAAGCCAGGGAAACUGCAUUAAUUUCAGGACCUGAGAACGAUGUCUUGACUCACUCAUUUGACCUACGAAGAGGAAAAUAAAUGUGUAUUUUAAAAUUUGACUUUAUUCUUUCUUCUGUGAUUGUGGCGCUGUACUUUUUGAUGGACAUGUAAACGUUAUUAUUACGCUUUUUCUAUCUUUAUAUUUUUUUCUCCAUUUGUACAACCUUUUCUCUGAUCUUGCAAAACUUGUGCAUAAUGCUCUAUACGAUUCUUCCGAGAUAUUAAUGUGCAUUACUGUAUGAAAGGGAAACUACUAAUGAAAUGCUGUAAAUGCUGUUUUUAAUAAAGUGA